AUGUCGUAUGUGGGAGCAGGUGACUGGGAAUCCAUCAGGAGAUUCAUGGUGCAGCGGGAAAAAAUGCCACCGUGCAAAGGGGCUGCAGGACAUACAGAACCCGACGGCUCACGAAGGUACACAUUGCUGGAUGAUUCGGUUGUAAGCAACAUGGCAAUUUUUGAAAUACGCUAUAAGGAUUUGAUUGCAUGGAACAAUCUUAAGAAAUUCUUCAUUGUGUCACCACGCAUGGACCUACUGUCGUGCCAGGAAAUGAGGAAGCUGGAGGCUGGCAGAACCGAUUGGUACUCAUCAAUUGCCCGUCCCAAGGUUGUUGGUAUGCGGUGCAUGUUAUUUGGAUAUGUUUGGGCCGGAUCAUGGCGACCUUUGGAACUCGUUAUCUCUUACAAGUGA